AUGAUUCUGGCACAGUUGGAUGGCUUCACCAAAGGCUUUAACCGCAAAGCUGCGCUGUCGGACGGGGCGAUUCCUGCGAUGACGGAGGUGGAGAUUCUGUGGCUGAAUUCCAUUGGCGAUGUACUCGACCUACACGUGGCCGACAAAAACAUCGACGAGACAUCAACAAGGUGA